ACCAUACAUCUAGACCUUAAUUCGCGCAUUACCUAAUAUCUCAAUUAUCUUAUUAAUAUUUUGAAAAACUGAUGUCACCAACACAACAGGAAGAGCAACUUCAAAUUACUCUAAAUGGUAAUUUCCUUGAAGGAAAGGUCUCUCUUUGUGAAAAUAUUGGCAAAACAUUGGCAAGUUUUGUUAACUUUUGCGUCCGCUCCGAGAAAAUCUUAUCAUCUCGACAAGCAUCAAGAAAUUGCCAGUUUGCAAGCAGAGGUCUCCAAAUAAGGAAUGGCUGAGGGCGGACUGACCCAAGAUCUGACUGGUGUUGCCAAGGAUGAUGGUGAUACCGAUGAUGAGUUUGGUGAUGAGGAGGAAGACGAAGAUGCUCCAAUGACACAUGACUCAUCGGAUGGGUCGGAUGAAGAAAUAGAUUUGAGUGACCUUGAGUCGAGUGAUGAUGAGGGAUGUGAAAAUAAUGAGGAGGAAGAUGAGGAGGAUGAUGAAUCCAGAGAUCAAGGAGAUGCUGAAAAGGAAGGUGAUGCUGGAAAAGAAGUUGAUGAAAAGAAGGAAAGGGAUCUCAAAUGGCUCCACUCUGUCUACCACUUAUGCAAAGGACUGUACAUCUAUGCACCCAGAAAAAAUCUGAACCUUAUGCAUGACUUUACCGAGUCGGAUUUGUUUGUAAUAGACGGUGAUUCUAUUCUAGCCGACAUCUUUGCUCAACCUGGGUUAGACUUCUCACAUGGUGGACAACUGCUUCACUUGGUCUAUCUUGUGGAAUUCUUCUUGCAGGAUUUCCAGGAGCGUGAGGGUCAAUUCCACGUCAUUUUCUUCUCAGAAGCCGAGACUCUGUGGCACAGUCAUCCACUUGAACUACUUACUCGACGUAGCAUCAUACAACACCUAAAACACAAUACAAGGUGCACUGUGAUUACCCACAUACCCAACCCAUACAGCGCAGAGUGGAGCGAAUACAUCAGCCGUCAUCAUCCAGCGUUUGUCAUGCUUAGUGAUGGUGAGUCGGUCGCAACCCAUAGGAUGCGCCAGUUCUUGAUACGUUCUCUAAUGCUGUCAGCAGUCAGGAAAGGCGUGGAUUGCGCCUUGUCCUCUAAUCUGAGCCGGUCACUGAGGAGCAUUGAUACAUUCUACGUUGAGGCAAGGAAAGUGCGACCUCGUUUCAAGAGUCCAGUUUUCUGCAAGAAUUAUGAUAUUGCCAUUGCCUAUAGACUAGCAACUCAGUGUUUGAAGAGGAAAAAUGCCGAGGGCUACAUUGACACAGCAUUGUCCAUGCUAUGCAAGCAGCUGCUUUCUAGUGUUGAGAAGAACAAAGGAGAUCAAAACUUGAUGUCUACUAGUCGUGACAUCAUCGUGGUCAUGGCAUGUGCUGAGAUCAUCAAGGGAACAUCAGACAAAGAUCAUGAAGGCACUGACAAAACCUUUUUGGAAGGUGUUGCUCAAGCUUUUCUUUUACAUGUGGUCUUAUUGCAAUACCUCCCUCUUGAGGCCAGAGCUCAAAAUGCACCAGAUGACGAUCUGAUUUCACCGAGCGCUACAGGACUCCUGAAAGAUUUCCUUCAGAAGAUGCAUUAUGCCAUGGCCCGAUUGGUGGCUUCAUAUGGCAAGCUACGAGAAGAACUUGCUGAACUGAAGGGGAUCAAGGAAACCGAGAGUCUAGCAGACCUGAUAGAUGGCAGACUUCUUUAUGUUAUCCUGUACCAGCUUCAGAAGUACUCCGAAAACAACAUCAAAGUUUCUUUUCCACCUGAUGUUCUUGCAAAGUUCAAGUAUUUAUGGACGAUAACCUGCUCCCUAGUAGGGUCAACUAAAACAGAUGGCACAAGUCUUGCUGGAGGAUUAUGCUCGGAAGACAGUAUCCUCCUGACUUCACCAGUUAAUAUCUUUCAAAGCACAUCAAAGGAACUCGAGAGUGAUGAUAACUCGUCAAACAACAAGAAGGGUCUUGUUGCAGUCUCAUCCCAGAUAAUCACAGAUUACGCAGGAGAUCUCCUCAAAGAACUGCAAUGUAAAAAUGAGGUCAACCUGCAAUCAGUUACUGCAAGACCCAGGGCAUUUGUGGAGAACUACCACUGGCAUACUGGAAGACCUCUCAAAGAUCACUUCGAGACCACACGGGAAGAAAAAUUUGGCUCUUCAUCCAUUUCAAAUGAGCAGAUAUUGGACGCUGUUAACGCACUUUCUUCAUGUGACCUGAGCGAAGUAUUUGCCGUCCUUGGUCUUACAACCAUGGAUAUCAACAACGCUUCACAACGUGCUUGGAGUGAUGAUUAUCGGAAUCGUAACGUCUUGUUUGCUUGGCGGAAGAAGGAAGGUUACAAUGCUACAGCAGAAGCCCUUUUGGAUGCAUUGGAGGAAUGCCAGUACAUAGAGGCUAAGAAUAUCCUACUUGCAAAAUGGAGUAAACCAACCCAGCUUACAGACUUCCAAAAGAAACGGAGAGAUCAGGAAAGACAAAAAUUUGCCCGCUACAUGCAGAGCUAUGGAGAGUCUGUUGAGGGCAAGGCUGGUCUAAACCAGAAGAUGAUCAUUGUUGACAAGGGCAACAGCUCAGGGAGUAAAGGUGGUGGAGGUGCCCACCAGGGACAGAAGAACAAACAGAAUAUGACAAAGAAAGAGAAGAUACUUCAAGAAAAAGAUCAAAAGGAUAGAGAGAAAUCAGAAUCUGAAGCUGCUGAAAGGUGGUCAAACAUCCUAACAAACAUCAAGUCAGAAAUGAAAAAGGAGAAGUUUACAUCUGCUCUGAAAAUAAUAAAUGACUUUGUGAGUCACUGUGCAUCAGACAAAUGGACCAUAGAGGCUCUGUUGGCAAAGAUGGACUGCUAUUGGAUUGCAUUGGAAGCCCUGAAAACUGCUAGGAACACCACGAACAUCCAAUCCUCUACAUUCAGUGAAGUGUCGGAGAAAGACCCCAUGUACUAUCCCAUAAUGCUCUUCAUCUGCUGUCAGGAAAUCCUGAAUCUAAAGGAAAAGUUGAGCAAGAAACAUUUCCAUCUGUUAGGAGCAUACAUGAGAGGCCUCGGGUUCACACCCUUUGCUGAGUACAUCGAGGGCUUAAAGGGGACAGCAGAAAGCAAAGCUGCUGCUUACAAGAAACCGACUAAAACAGUCUUCGGUAAGAAACUACCAGGCCAAGAUGAAUGCGCAAUAGGGAUGACGUGCACACGAUUUCAACUCCAGUUUGUGGGUCAGUGGAUGAAAAGAGAUGAACGCACUGAUAAGGAUCCAAGAGUUCCACACUUUAUCCCAGACACCUGGCAGCGUGAACUUCUUGACGUCGUAGACAGGAAUGCAUCUGCUCUGAUCGUAGCGCCAACCUCAUCAGGAAAGACCUAUGCAUCAUAUUAUUGUAUGGAGAAGGUACUGAGACAAAGUGAUGAUGGAAUCGUCGUCUACGUCUCUCCAACCAAGGCUCUGAUGAAUCAAGUGUCUGCGACAGUGUAUGCAAGCUUCAAGAAGAACUUGCCUCCAGGAAUGCACCUUAGUGGAGUGUUUUCAAGGGACUUCCGACGUAACGCUCUCACUUGUCAGGUCUUGGUGACUGUCCCACAGUGUUUGGAGAUCUUACUGCUUUCUCCCUGUCGCCAGGAAUGGUCAAAGAAGAUUAAGUAUGUCAUCUUUGACGAGGUUCACUGCCUUGGAGGUGAAAUAGGAGCAGAGGUGUGGGAGCAUUUACUUGUCACCAUUAAAUGCCCAUUUCUGGCCCUCUCUGCCACUAUCCGCAGCCCGGAAGACAUACGCGGCUGGUUGCAAGCUAGUCAAGACUUCAAGCGCCUCCAGGCUGAAGAAAUACAGAAACAACAGCAGCAAGGUUCAAAGAAGAAAAACAAGAAACAACCAGGUCUGAAGGUAGACAACAAAUACAAGGUUGAACUAGUUGUAUGGAAGGAACGGCAUUCUGAUCUGGAGAAAUAUGUCUACUUGCCUUACCCUCGUAAACCAGAUGAGGUGAUUAUGCCAAAAGAUCACACUCUCUUGGACACAUCACAAUUUGUAGCAAUGCAUCCAGUUGGUGUUCUGAGCCUGAAGAAGCUAAAAACUCAUGGACUACCAGCAGACUUGAGUCUGUCACCUAGAGAGACUGUUAUCCUCUACGAUGCCAUGCUCGAGGUAUACCCUGAAUGUCAACAACUCAAGGCACUGGAUCCAGAUGUGUAUUUCCAAGACAUUCCUGUCUUGGAGAAGCAAGAUGCUCGUAAAUACGAGAGAAAACUCUUGGCUGAGUUCAUGCGAUGGACGAAAAAGCAAGAGGAUGCUGAGAAGGUGAUAGGAGUUAUCCACAAAAUACGUCAACCUCUGAUAGACAACAAAAGCAAAUGGUUUAAGGAAUGGGAGAAAGAAAAGUUGUGGCCCAAAGGUGGCCUGCAUUCUGACUCUGCAGCAUACCUCCAUUUUGAUAAGCUGAUCCUUCAACUCAACAAGCAGAAUAAACUACCAGCUCUCGUUUUCAGUCAAGAUCGUACACUCUGUGAAGAUUUAGCCGAGACGGUUGCAAUUUCAUUGGAAAAUACAGAAACCAAACUGAGAGGAGACUUUGAAAAGACUGAGCAGUGGAAGGCUGCCCAGAACGCAGUGACAAGAUUGGAGAAAGUGGCAAGGAGAUCAAAGGACAAGGAAUCUGAUGAGACAUCAGAAGAAGGAUCAAGGUUGAAAACUCAUCGGCGAUUAUGUAACCAAGAAGAAGAGAGUGAUAAGUCACUCGUUAGAUCACGUACUCGGCGCCAAUUAACGGGAAACAGUUCUGGGAACCAAGACGCAGAGAGUUUUGCUGCUUGCCUGAAGGAAGCAAAUGAUAGCGAGAGAAGAGAUUUGCUGGCAGCGAAGCACUUCUUGUUGGAACAUCCACUGCCAAAUUGUACUCUCCAGGGCGAAGGCAACAUGACAAAAGAGGAAGUAGAAGAGACACUUAGUCGCCUCCCCAGAGAUAGAAAAUCAGACUUUCUUCGUUGGUUGAUAUCCAGAGGUAUAGCCUACCAUCAUGCUGGACUAGGCAACAAGCAGAGGGUUGCCGUGGAAACCCUAUUCCGAAGGAAGCACCUCAAGGUUCUAACGGCUACUGCUACGCUGGCCCUAGGAAUUCAUGUGCCUUGUAAGACAGUCAUCUUUGCUUGUGAGGAUCUCUGGCUUAAACCACUGCUUUAUAGACAGAUGGCUGGCCGUUCAGGACGCAGAGGUUUUGAUCUCGUUGGCAACGUCAUCUUCUACUGCGUUCCUCCGCAAAAGAUCCGGCACCUGAUCACAUCUGGUCUUCCAAACCUGAGGGGUCACUUUCCUUUCAGCGUCAGUCUUGUGCUGAGACUCAUGGUGCUAACACACAAUUCAGAAGACAAGAGAGAUGCUCAUGAGAAGGUUUUAUCUCUACUGAAGCAUCCUUUUGUGUGUCACAAGGCAGCAGACAUGGAGGAAGUAGUGAAGCAUUUCUUCCUGUUCAGUGUGGAUUAUCUCAUACAUGCAGGUCUUCUUGACAUGAGCGGUACACCGAUAGGCCUUUCAGGACUUGCUACUCAUCUUCACUACCACGAACCAGCAAACUUGACCUUCGUCACCAUGCUCCAAGAGGGCGCUUUUCAUAAGCUGUGCAAACCAAACAUGGAUGGUUCUUUCUCCCAAUCUGUGAUGGAGAAACUAGUGUGUGUUCUUGGAAACAUGUUUGGUCGUAUAACGAUGCCUGGAUCUGUGGUGCAGAGGAUAAAAAGCGAGGGCGUUCAUUCCAAGGUUGUGUUUGGGGAGUCAGUUGUGAUGCCAAAGGAAUUUUCUGACAUCCUCAAGAAGCACAACGAGGAUGUCUUGGAGGUGUUCAGAAGCUAUGUCCACACUGUUUGUGAUUAUGCUGCCAAAAGAGAUGACGGAGUCAAGCAAAAUGUGCUACCUCUCUCAAAAGUUGCAAUACAGCCACCCGUCUUAUCACCGCCUUCAUUGAGUGCUACUGGAGAAGAAGGCAAACUGAUUACCAAGCUUACAGCCUCAUCCAACAAGGGUACAACCUUGUCUCCAUUUGUUAUGACAUCUGGUAGCACGGACAAGGAUCUGGAGAAGUUUGAUGCAGACAUAUCUCAGGCUAUUCGUCAAGGAGUUCAUAUAGAACAAUCCAAAAUACCAACUCUGAUACCAGCAGAAGACCUUGCUGACAAGCGCGGAAAGAAGGUCUACCUGAAUGCAUACACAUAUGACUUCUUCAAACAUGGCUCAAAGAAGCUGAUUCAACGAGAAAACGGACUGCAAUCUGGUGAAACAUUUGAUAAGCUGAAAGAUUUUGUUCUUGUCAUAGCAUCGAUCAGUGUCGCUUUGGAGGAGCUAGGGCCACAUGAGGAUGAUGUCGUGCUUGCUUUCAAACAGCUCAAGAAAGAAUACAAUGCAAAAUUUAGGAAUCAGUACGAUACCAGUAUCUUUUGAGGGUCCCGAGGCAUCCUCCCUCCCCUCCAUCUAUAUACAUGUAGGUCUUUUGCAAGUGCAAAAAUAUACAGAUGAGGUGAAUUUCAUUCCAAAAGACAAAGCAAGAGAGAGAGAGAAAAAUAUAUAGCAAGUGCCAAGCGCACAUGUCUAGAUAUCGUUUCCUAGGAAAAAAUAAAUCGAUAACUGAAUGACUUAAAGGUAAAUUCCAGUUUUGGUAACGAUCUCAAAAUGACU